AUGGAUUGGAUUGUUUAUGCAGGCAUUGCAACAAGGUUGUCGCGAACUAUGGGUUUCGCACAACAAAACGUUUCCCGAUUAGUCAUGAAUCGUUCCUUUGAAGGAAAAGGAGGAAGCGAGACAGAGGGAAAUGAGGUAAUGAAUCCAGAUUAUUGCUACACAACUGGAACUGAAAUUGAAAUUGCUUGUGUUUCUCGCCUGAAACCUGUAGGGCAGGGAGGGCCCGAGUGGAUACUACUACUUACUUAUGGUGUGGUAGGAAUUAUAUGCUGGGAACAUGGCACUGGGUGGACACGAUCCAGCGAUGUCAGGAGGAACCUGACCAGUUGCAAGCCAUCGCCCGGGAUUGCCCGCCCCCUUAUUGCUGGAAGUGUUCUGCUUUGGGCUCUCCGGUCUCGCCCAAAGCACGAGGAGCGAUGGGUCUUGGCAACGAUCGAGACCCUGGCUGGGCCCACCGCCUAA